AUGGACUCUAGCCGACGAUGUGCACGCCUUUGCUGGAUCAUAUCAGCAAGACAGGGUUUUUUUUUCUUUCUCUUUGCUUUUGGCCGCCAAAGGGAACAUCAGAUGAACAGCAUCGGCAAGGAGAACCGGCCGCUGUUUCAGAGCCAGAGGGGUAUGGGUUGGCAGGGUUGUCGACCUCAUCACCCUCCUCCUCCUCCUCUCCCUUGA